AUGUGGGAAAAUGGGGAACCAUUCAUCCUCAUGAACCAAAUUGUGCCUGUUUAUACACUGCUGGCGGUGGCUAACGAUGAGGUGACUUACGCAAUCGAAAACUCAAACACAUUUGAGUUGAAAAAUGAAUUUGAUGGGAAGGUUUAUCUUACCAAAACCCCUGAUUAUGAGAAUGUUCGAGACAGAUUUGUUACUGUGACAUUUAUUGCAAAGAAUGAAAGAAGAAGAACUCAAACAGAAGUAGAGGUUGGUGUGAACAUUCUAGAUGCAAACGAUAAUGAUCCAGUGUUUGCAUCAGAUACAUACAGUAAGAGUAUACCUGAGAAUACGCCAGUUGGAACCACAGUCCUGAACCCUACUGAUAAGUUCUAUGUCAGUGAUGUUGAUGGAGUCAACAAGGCGCUCAGAUUAAUCUGUGAUCCUAGCAAGGCAGCCGCUCAGCACACAGAUGCCUGUAACUUCUUCGAACUAGUGAGAUUCAACAGCAGUACAAACUCCUGGGCCGGAUCUCUCAUUCUCUCUCAGCCUCUUGAUUAUGAAGUCCGAUCUCAGUUCCAGAUCCCUAUUGUUGCGACUGAUGGAAAGAAUUUCCAACUGAAUACUGUUGAAAUAACAGUAAUAAACAUUCAGGAUACCCCUCCACGGUGGAAUCGAGCCCAGGACAUCACUGUUGUUGAGGAGAAACAAGUGGGCACAUAUUUGGACUUUGUUGAAGCUGUAGAUGGUGAUGUUGAUGACCCUCGUCCAAUCUUUUAUGAAAUCAUUGAUACAAUUGGUGUCGGACACACACUUUUUAGAAUCGACAAUGCAACAGGACAGAUCUAUAACACUGUAUUGAUCGAUCGAGAGAGUCCGGAUUUUCUGCAGGGAUAUGUGGAUCUAAAUAUACGUGCUAGAGAACGAGACCUUGUUACUGGGGAGCUUGGUGACGCAGCCAUCAAUUCCACAACAACACAGAUUCGCAUUACUAUUGAGGAUAUUAAUGACAACAAGCCACAGUUUGAACAGGAUGAGUAUGUGACGAAUCUGCGCGAAGAUGCACCAAAUGAUACUCCCCUCAAUUUAUUGAUCCCCUGCCAGGACCCCGAUCAGGGAAUUAACAACAAUUUUAUAUUCACACUGAGCAACUAUAAUGCCGAGUUCAAGCUCUCUGACCCUGGAAACCAGUCCGAGUCUGCAUUUGCACAAAUCCGUGUGAAGGACACGACACUUAUAGACUAUGAAGGAGCCCAGAAACAAUACGUCUUCUUUGUUCAAGCUCAAGAAUUUUUGACGGUAGAAAGAUACCAGAGUCAAUCUAAAAUCACUGUCAACAUAAUUGACGUCAAUGACAACAGUCCAAAAUUUAUCCAGUCGACCUAUGUGAAAAGUAUUUUGGAAAACUCUCCCCCUGGUUUUUCAAUUGAAACAAUUAGUGCCAAUGAUCCAGACUCUGGGGACUUUGGUAAAGAUGGCAUUGUGUAUGGAAUGACAGGUGAUGGCAAGAAUUUAUUUUCUCUAGAUGCUACAUCAGGUUUGGUAACUGUGGCAGACUGUCCAACUCCAGGAAGUGGCAACUGUAUUGAUUUUGACAAGAAACGUCAGUAUGUAUUGACGGUUACAGCUCGGGAUGAGAAUGGACGUGGACGAGCUGGCACAACAACACUGACCAUCAAUAUUCUUGAUGUCAAUGAUAACUCGCCUGUGUUUGUUAACCAGAAUUACACAAGUUAUAUUGAAGAAAACCGACGUAACCCAAACCCAGAGAUUAUCGUAUCUGCACUUGAUAAGGAUACUGUUGGGGGACCCAUAUCUUAUAGCGUCAUUGCUGACCAGACUGGGAUAUGGGCAGUCAAUUCGUCUGGGUACAUUUAUGCUCAGAAGGAUGUUAUCUACUCUGAUACACCAGGCAAUGUGGGAUUUUUUGUCUUCCAAGUACAGGCGACAGAUGGAAAAUUUUCACCCGUUUCAAAUGUCAAGAUCUUUGUUAUCGACAUUAAUGACAACACACCAAUAUUCCCACCAGGAAUAUAUGAGACAACUAUUAGUGAGAAAACACCUGGAGGAACAUCCGUCAUAACUGUGAGUGCUACAGACGGUGAUUCACCAACAACGGACAAUGGUGUUGUGGAUUAUACAAUCCUUUCUGGUACAGAUGGAAAAUUUCAGAUCAGUCGAACUCAGGGCAUAAUCACUACCACCCAGGAUUCAAGCUUUGAUUAUGAUUUGAAGAAAAGAUACACAUUGCUUGUAUUGGCACGUGAUCGUGGUACACCUCCACGAAACUCCACCAAGGAAGUUUACGUAAAUAUCCGUGAUGUCAACAAUAAAGAUCCGUACUUUGAGCCAACCACCAUGCAGGCUGAGGUUUACGAAAACGUUGUGCUCGGUUACUCCGUCAUUACUGUCGUGGGUAAAGAUCCUGAUGCGAAUGCUGUUCUCAACUAUUUUUUUGUGGAACCAAAAACGGCCAUUAGUCCUCGUGGUAACAACGUUGACAGAAAUGUCUACGAUUACACGAACCUGUUUAGAGUUGAACAGGCAACAGGAAUCGUCCGUACAAACAGUUCACUUGAUCGAGACCUUACCUCGGUCUUGACAUACUCCUUGAUUGUUGUGGACGUCAGCGCCAGCCCUCCUCAGACUGGCACAGGAACACUUAUUAUUACUGUAUUGGAAUACAAUGAUCAGCCUCCUUACUUCCUGCCAUUUACCAAUCAAACCAUUGAUGAGGAACAACCGUUUGGGACAUUUGUCAUGGUGCUUCAAGCUCGUGACCAGGAUGACGCCAUAGCUGAAUACCAGAUCAUAGACAAUCCAAACCAGUUCUUUGCUAUCAACUUUGAAACAGGAACUGUGAGUAUUGCCAGAAGAAUUGAUUUUGAAGUGAUAGAGUCUACCUAUUUCACUGCGAUGGUGUUUGAUACCGGAAUUCCCAGACUAAGUGCAUCAACAACAGUUUACUUCACAAUAAACAACAUCAACGACAAUUCGCCCAAAUUUCGACAGUCUUCAUACAUCACCAGAAUUCAAGAACACUCUCCUGCAGGUACAUUUGUUGUCCAAGUUAGUGCUACUGAUAUUGAUAAGGGCGACUAUGGUGUGGUACGGUACACACUAGGGGAACCUAGCUCCUACUUCGAAAUCGACAGUAUCACGGGUAACAUAACAGUCAAACCUGGAGCAAAUUUGGACCGAGAAACCAUCGGUGAUGUAAGCAUACAGGUUACAGCUUACGACAGUCCCAACACCCAGGAUAUAAGCAUCAGGAGAUUUGCCACGGCAACAGUGUAUGUUUAUUUGGAUGACAUCAACGACAAUAAGCCAAAAUUCAGUCAAGCUCAAUAUGCCACUACUAUUGUUGAAACCAUCCCUGUGGGUACCAGUAUCCUUCAGGUGCGGGCCAGUGACCUUGACAUUGGUUUGAAUGCCCUCAUCGCCUUUGAAAAAAUUCCAGGGAGUGGUGAUCUGAAUGAUUUUUUCAGAAUUGCCAGACAUUCUGGUGCUAUAGAGAUACAAGCCAGCCUGCUACGUAAUUCAGGAGUAUACACAUUUAAUGUGACAGCCACAGACUUGGACGGUAACGGACCAUUUACUGCCGUGGCUGGUGUGAGGAUCACUGUUUUACAAGCUACAAACUCUUACCCAGAGUGGAGAACACCUCCUGUUGCCAAUAUGAGUAUUGACGUCCUUGAGAGCCAGUAUCUUGGUAUGUGGGUUUAUGACGUACAUGCCUCUGAUAUUGACGAAGGAGUAAACGGUGUUGUUGAUUAUGGUUUCUAUCACAACGGAGUAUACACAACAUCUACUCCAGAGUUCAUGAUCAACUCCAUCACUGGAGUCAUCAGAGCACAGAGAGUGUAUGAUCGGGAGGAGGUUGAUCGCUAUGUGUUGCUGCUCUCUGCUAAGGAUAGAGGAACUCCAGCUUUAGAAUCAACCCGUUUCCUGACUGUUGUUAUCUUAGAUGUCAACGACAACCCUCCAGUCUUCCCUGUCAAUGCAGAAGGGGAGACUAUUCCUGUCGAGGUACAAGUUCCAGAAAAUGCCAUCGUGGGCACGUUGGUAACCAGACUGUUAGCAACAGACCAGGACUUUGAACCAGAGGCUGUCAGAAUUCACUAUUACAUUAUAAGUGGCAAUGAGGAUAACUCAUUCUUCUUGAACAAGACCACUGGAGAACUAUUCCUGGCCAACCCACUAGACCGUGAAACAAAGAGUAUCUACUUCCUAGAUGUUCAAGCCACCAACAAUGUCAGCGACUACAGUGUCAUUACUAAUCGUCGUCGACGAGCCACAGAUCCCAGCAUUGUCACAGUGAAAAUCCUUGUAGGAGACACCAAUGAUGCAAAACCUACAUUUACCAAAGUACUUUACAGUGGCUGCGUGUCUACUCGGUCUGCGAUCGGUGAGAGUAUAAUUAAGGUAGAAGCUAUUGAUGUGGAUUCCACAGAUGUUAGAUACAGUAUCACAGAUGGUAACUCCGAGUCCCUGUUUGUCAUCGAUGAUAUCACAGGAAUCAUUUCCAAUAGGGUACUCAUGUCAAAUACCAACAACCAGGUGUACAACAUUAAGGUCCAGGCGCAGGAUAGCAACUUACAAGACACAGCUGAUGUACAGAUAUUUGUGACACAUCCAGAGAAUGGUGUGACACUGGUCAUCACUCAACCAGCCUCAGAAGUGAGACUGUUCAAGGAACAAAUACAGAAGUUACUGGAGAGUUUUACAGAUGGCAACAAUCAGCCGAUCUUCACUUUCGUGUGUUUUAACAGUAUAAGUGACCAUGUCCUUUCCUCAGGAGACACAACCAGUUUUUGGGCUGAUGCUGUGAUCUCCACAGGAUGUGCCACAUGUGGCUACAAUGGUGGUGCUGGUGUAUACAGUGGUGCCCAACUUCUGUAUGAACUCCAGAUCUUACAGAGUCAGAAUAGCGAUGGCUUUGACCUCCUCUAUAUUAAUGAACUUAAGUUGGCCACUGAAACAGAAGAUAAAUUUGACCGUACUCCAACAUUGGUCGUGAUGAUAAUCAUCAUUGUUCUCAUCGUCGUUGGCCUCUUCUUCCUUCUCAUCGCAUGUUACUGCAUCAGAAAGUCGUAA